AUGAUGAUUGUUUAUUUAAUAUUUUUAUGCUAAAGUACACUUUGUAUGAUUGAUAAAUGUUUAGAACAUCAAAAUUAUUAGGAAUGCAUUUCAAGUGAAUAAGUUUAUUGUAAAUAUCUUAUUUAAAUUAGGUAUGUGGGAUUAUGUAUUUGAAUAAUGUAAUCAAAGUGAUAAUUACUUAAUUGGAUGUAAUAUCUACAUAAAUAAAAUUGGGUGCAUAUCAUAAUUGGGAUCUAGUAUAGCUAAUGUUAUAUACUGUAUUAAAAUGUGUUAAUGAAAGGCAAGUUUGAUGGUAGAUGUUAAUAAAUUAAUGAUUUGGAGAAAGAAUAAUGCUAGAAUAAUCUAAAUAGAUAUGGAUGUUUAGCCAUAAGGAAUCCAUAUACAAUUUGUAAAUGGGAGAAGAAUUAAUGUAUGAGUGUAACAGGAGAAGAUAUAAAUAAAAUAUAAGAGAACUUUAAUGUUGUAUAUUAUAGUAGUAAUGCUUGUUAAUAUAUAACUAAUUAUUUGGUUAUUCAUCAUACUGUAUUAUGGGAAUUGUUAUCUUAUUAACCAGAUUUAGAAGAAGAAGUAAAUUAAUAUAUUUUGAAUUCAACAAAAAAUAUAGAUUAAGAUUUAAGUUUAUUAUAAAAUAGUUAUUCCAGAAAUUAAAUAUUCAAAUAAUUCAUAUUUGGAAAUAAGUAUUAAAUAGAAACUAACAGAUAUCGAUUAGGAUGCAAUGCUAUUGAUAUUAGAGAUGAUGAUGAUUUUAAUAUUUUGAUAAAUAUGUCUUAAGAUACUUUUGGAGUUAAUCAUCUUUAUUGCAAAUAUAUUGAAAAAAAAAUAAAUUACAUUAUAUUUUUAGAUGGUAGAUGUUAAUAAGUGUAUCCAACAAUAUUGGCUACUACAUCAUUUAUUGAUGAUAAUUAAAUAUAAUGUAAAUAAUUAAGUUAUUCAUUAUGUUCAAUUUAUAAAUCAAAAAUUAGAAAGUGUUAUAUUCCAAAUAUAAAUGAUGAAUACACAUGUGUAGAAGGAGAAUCAAAAUUAGAUUUGAAUUCUGAUUGCAUGUUAUAACAUAAUUUAGAACCAUAUUAUAGAUGUGAAUAAAUAAAGUAUUGUUAUUUUGAUAUAAAUAAACAAUAUUGUUCUGACUUUUGUUAUAAUAGAAAGAAGAGAACAGAUUGUUUAUCAAGUGGAAGUUGUUUAUGGUCAGGAGUUGAUGAAAAUGAAUAGAAUGGUUUAUUAUCAUGUAUGCCUUUAUAUAGAUGUAAUCAAUUAGGAUUAGAUAUUAAUUAUUGUAAAUAUUUAUAAGAUUAUUGUGAUUGGCAAAAUGGUAAAUGUUUUUAAAUGAAUGAAAAAUAUGCAUUUACAUUAACAUGUGAAUAAGCAUUUAAUAAAUAUGUAUGUUUGAAUGUGUAGAAAUCAGAUUAACUGUGUAUUUGGUAUAAUGAAAAAUGUAUAAAUUUUAUUGAUUAUGAAUUCAAAUACUUAUAUAAUACAUUACCAUUUGUGUAUUAGAUGAAUAGGAAUAUGUGUAUAAAUUUUAGAAUGGAUAAUUGUAUAUAAUAUUUAUUAUAAUAUUUUAGUUAUGUUUGAUCCUAUUAAUUAUUAAUGUGUUUAUUAAAUCAAAUUAUAAAUUAAUUGUAAUAAUAGAAUGAUCAACAAAUAUCAUUGUUAUAAUAUUGUUAAUGAUCUAUGUAAAUGGGAUGAUUAUUUGAAUUAGUGUAUAUCUAUUCCCAAUAGUAACACCUAUUAUUGCAACUAAUUAAGUAAUGUUUCUUUUAGAGUAUGUCUAAAUGCAAAGGUAAUGAAUCCUUAAAACAAUUGUUUGUAUAAUUGGGAUUCAUACUCUUGUUAUGAGGGUUCAAGUCAAGACAAUCUUAUAUAAUAGGAGAGUGAUUGUUAUAAUGUGAAUAUUGUUAAGUAAUUCAGAUAAUGGAAUCAAGGAAAGUGUGUAGAAUUAUCUCUAUCAGAUGUGAAUAGUAUAUAAUGUAUAUCAUGGAGAAAUGUAAAUCGAAAUGUUUGUAUAAUGAAUAUAUUCAAUAAUUAACCUUGCAUAUAUGAUGAAAAAUUAAAAUUAUGUUACAAUGAUAUUAUUAUAAACAAUUGUUCAUAAAAUUUGAAUCAAUUUGCAUGUUUACAAUCUACUAGUAAGUGUUACUAUGAUAUUUUGAAUGAUUAAUGUAAAGAUGCUAGUUAAGAUAUGUUAAAAGAGUUAAGUUGUAAUGCUUAUGUAUCAAAAUUAGCAUGUCAAAAUAUUGAGACUUAACAUUAGAAAUGUAUGUGGGAUAGUUAUUUUUAUGAAUGUAAAUACUAUGAUUAAGUAUUUCAAUAUUGUGAUUAAUUUUCACUUAAUCGAUAAGCUUGUACAUCAUAAAAAGCAUCAACUUCUAUUUAAUAUCACUUUUACAAUUAUUGUUAAUUCAAUUAGGAUACAUUAAAUUGUGAUGUUAAUAAUGAUAGUUUAAAUGAUUGUGGUACUAAUCUAUCAAUAAAUAUUCACAGAUGUAUAUAAUAUACAACUGGAACAUGUUUAUUUGAUUAGAAUAAAUGUUUUGAUGUAUCAAAUACAUAGAGUAGAUUAGAUUAAUUAUACUUGAAUGAACUUAUUUGUGAAUAAGCUAAUUCUGAUGCUUGUAGAUUAAUCACUAAUCCAUCUUAAGGAUGCAAAUUCACUACUCUAUCAAGAUUCGAUUAUAUAGAUACUAGAUGUGUUAAUUAAGAAUUUAACAAAUCUACUUGUGCAUAGAGUACAAUAACUAAUUUAACAAAUAAAGUAAUUUGUAGUAAAGCAACAGAUAAUUGUUAUUUUUCAUCAACUAUUGGUAAAUGUUAGGCUUAUACAUUAACAUCUCCUGCUUAUUGUAAUACUCCAUCUAUUUCAUUAAUUGGUUGUAUUUAAGUUACAGUUGGAUAAUGCAUCUUUUAAUAAGAUUAAUGUUAAUAUUAUACAGAUCAUAAUACAGCUGCAUGUGAAUUAAGGAAUUAUUAAGCAUGUAUUACUAGUAAUUAUUUAAAAUGUGUAUAUAAUUCCACUCUUAAAAAAUGUUUAUAAUAAAACUUUGAUUGUACCAAAAGAAUAGAUUCAAUAUAUACAUAUUCUUGGUCUACAUGUUCAAUGAGUACAUAAGAUUGUUAUGGAUUUAAUUCAUAAUGUAUUUUAGGUCAUAUCAAUAAUGUACCUUGUGAUCUUCCAGGAUUAUCUUAGAGUGUUUGCAAAUCUUUGAAUAUAUAUUGUGAGUUCUUUAAUGGUUAUUGUUAAUAUUAAAUAAUUCGAUCAUGUAAUGAAAUCAUAGAUAAGGAUGAAUGUGUUAAUAAUAAAAUAAAAGAAUAAUAUUGUGUAUUUCACAAUAAUAUGUGUUUUAAUAUAAUAGAUAUUGAUAUCUAUUAAUGUAAUUAAUUUGAUUAUACUUCAUUUCAUUUUUGUAAAAGAUAUCCUCAUUGUUCUUAUGAUUUUAAUACAAACAAAUGUUAAAUUAUGGAGAUUCCUAAUAGUCUUAAUUGUUUAGAUGAUAAUUCCAAUGAUAUCUUAUACUAGUAUAUAAAUAAUGAAUGUGUGUAGAUCUAAUCAAAUAUACCAAAUUGUUUAAGUAUCUAAAAUAUUUAAAUCAAUUAUAAUCUUUGUUAACUUAUAAGUGAUAAUGAUAAUAAUCAAUGUGCUUAUGAUUUUAAUACUCAUCUUUGUAAACUUACAUAUUAUUCUUAUUUUAAAGAUUGCUCAGAAAUCUUAACUGAAAUCUAAUGUAUUUUUGCUAAUUUAAUAUGCUAUGCUAAUUAUGUUAAUACUGUUUAUCAUUCGUGCACAUCAUUAUCAUAAUAGACUUCAAGUAAAAUUAAUAGAUAUGGAUGUAUUCAUAAUGAAAUUGGAUCCUAUCUUUUUAAUAAUGAUGAUUGGACUUGUACUUCAGUUUCACUUAAAACUGAUAACUUGAAAUUAUUGUAAUUUACAAAUUAAUUGAAUGAGAAGGCAUGUUAUUUAUUAGGAUCAGCCUAUUCACCUAAUCUUUAUUUGAGAUGGUAAAAUAAAGAAUGUGUUAAAUUAACAUUUAAAUAAGCAAUUAAUUUAUCUACAUGUAUUAAUCUUAAUAAAAAUGCUUGUUUGGCUGUAUCUAAAUUAAAUUGUUUAUGGAAUAUAAAUGAUAAUGUAUGUUAAGAAGAUAUAACAACAUAAUUUGAAGUUAUCAAUUGCGAAGCCUAAAUUACUUCAAAUUCAAAUUAAUUAAAUUCACAAGGUCUAUGUUCCAAAAUAAGUGGUUUAAGAUGUAUCUAAAAAUCUACUUAUUAAGGAUGUGAAUCUUUAUCUACAACUACAUACAAAUCUUUAUUUAAAUGUACUGGUCUAGGUUUGAAUAGAGAAGCUUGUUUAAUGGAAACCAAACUUACUUAUUGUUAUUGGAGAAAUGGAAUAUGUGAUGAUGCUAAUUUUGUAUUAUAGAAAUGUGAUGAUGAUGUUUCAGAAUAUACAUGUAAAAAUAUUACUAGAUAAUUUUGCUAAUGGACCAAUUCAAAAUGUUCAAUAAAAAUAGAAGAUUUCUCUAAAUGUGAACUAUCUAAUGGAUAUUUUGCUUUUUGUUUAAACAAUUAGAAUCUAAAAUGUAAAUAUAACAAAUAAAUUAAUUAAUGUGAAAGUUUUACAUAUACUCCUCUUGAAUGUGACAAUACAUAUAGUAAAUUUGCAUGUCGUAAUGUCAUAAAUAAAACAUGUGAAUGGAAUAAUAAUCAAUGUUAAGAAUUAAUAAAUAUUACAUCUUGUUUUUCUAUUUUUAAUUAACAAUCUUGUUUAUUAAAUGAUAGAUACAGUUGUAUUUGGGAUAUAAAUAAAGGUUGUUUAGAAUUUAUUACAGAUCAAAAAGUUAAUUUCUUUAAUUUACCAAUAUUAGCUAAUAAACAUGUCUGCAUUAAUUAUUCAAUACAAGAAACUACAUAUACAUCAUAAUUUAAAUGUACAAAUAUUCUAAAUUAUAAUUAAAUUAAAGAUAAAUCUUCAAUCAAUUUAGGUGAUCCAAUUGAUUAUAUCAAAUGUUAGAAUUAAAUUACUAUACAAAAUUGUCUCUAAAUACAUACACCAAAUACUUAUUGUUAAUGGAUUAAUAAUUAAUGCAUAGAUAUCAAAGAUAAUUCUAUAUUUUCUAGUCUAUCUUGUAAUAAUGAUAUUAAUAUUUGGACUUGUCUUAGAAUUAUUACUCCAUCUUAAAAUUGCAAAUGGUCUAAUUAAAAAUGUUUAAACUUUUAAGAAAAUGAUUAAUAAAUGAUAAACAUUAAUAUUAAUGUUUGUAUUAAUUUCUCUUAGAAUAUGGUUUAUAUGAAUAAUUCUUGUAUUCUAUAAGAUGAUAUACAUUGUGAUUCUAUGGGUGUUAGUAGAUUUACAUGUGUAAAUAAUUAGAAUUAUGCAUGUUAAUACAUUAAUAAUUAAUGUGUUGAUUUUUAAAUCUAAUCUUAAUAUACACAAUGUAGUGAAAUUAUUAAUGUAUCUAUAAAGGCUUGUUCAAUGAUACCUAAUCUUAAAUGUUAAUAUGGUAAUUAUAAUAAUUGUGUAAAUUACUUUGAUAAUACAUAAUUAAUAGGUAUUACUAAGUUUGCUUGUCUUAAUAAAAGUGGUUAUUAUUAUUGGUAAUCUAAUUAAUGUAAAAAAUUAAUUGAUAUAAAUAUUGUUUGUGAUGAUGAUAUUUAAGUCACUCGAUAAUCAUGUGUAUUAAUUAAAGAUAAAUUAUGUCUUUUUAAUAUUACCAAUUAUACUUGUACUAGUAUUUAUAAUCCACAUUAAUUAAAUUGUUCUACUAUUGGAUUAAAUAAAUAGGGAUGUAUGAAAGUGUUAUAUGAACCAUGUAUAUUCAAAGAUAAUUAAUGUUAAUAUUUUGAUAAUUUCUAAUAAUCUUAUACUUCUUUAAAGAAUGUAAAUUAACUUACAUGUAGAAUGUUAAUUAAUGAUUAUGUAGAAUAUAAUGAAAUAGAAAAUAAAUGUAUUUAUUAAUUAACCAAAACUAAAUGUGGUAAUUUAAAUAUUAAUGCAUGUUAAUAACUUUCUUAUUGUUUUUGGAAUCAUGACUUUUAAAAUUGUGGAUGUACUUUAUCUACUGAAUCUUGUUAUAAUUUAAGUAAAAAUGAUUGUUAAAAAUAGAAUUCAUGCAAAUAUUAAAAAAAUAUUUGUUUAUUAAAAUAAUGUUAUCAUUUAUCAGAAAAUUAAUGUGAAGGUUAAAUUUUAAAUAAUUUAAAAUGUUACUUAAAUAAAUUUAAAUAAUGUACUUAAGCUAGUAAAUGUGAAGAUAUUAUUGAUUCUUAUGAUUGUUAAAAUAUCUAUUUUAAUGGAAUUGCAUGUUUAUAAAUUAUAAAUAAAAGUUAAUGUUACUCAUAUAAUAAUUUUGAAUUAAUAUGUAAAUAUUCAACUUCUUGUUUAAAUUAAUAUUGUAUUUUUGAUGAAUUUUGCAGAUUAAAAUAAUGUAUAGAUAUAAAAGAAUAAUAAGAAUGUGAAUUUACAAAGAAUUGUGCUUUUAUUAAUAAUAAAUGUUAAUCAAUUAAAUCUUGUUAAGAAGUAGAUGAUCCAACAAUUUGUAAUUAAUUAAUUGUUAAUAAUUAAAAAUGCAAUUGGUAAUUAUAAAAUUUACUUGAUAAUACUAAAAUAUGUACAUCAUAAGCAUGUUAAAUGUUGGGAACAUCUUCUUCAUUAUGUCAUGGUAAUGAAAUAAAUAAUUAUGCAUGUGUCUUAAGAAAUUACAAAUGUGUUUAAUGUGAAUCAAUAUAAGAAUUUUGUGAAUGUAAUUCAUACAAAGGAAUAUGUUAUUAUACUAAUAAUUAAUGUUCAUCUCUUUUAUGUAAUGAUUUGAUGACAACUUCAAUUUGUUAACAAUCUCCUAAAUGUGAAUGGAGUUAAUUAUUAAAUUAAUGUACUUUAUUAUGUAAUUUCAAUUACUAAGAAGAAUUAUGUUAAAUUAGAAAAAAUGAAUGUCAUUGGAAUCAAUAUAAAAGAUUCUGUUAAAAUGGUCCUGAAUCUAUUCCUACUCUAUUUAAUUCAACUAAAGCAAAUCAAAAUUAUCAGUAACAUUUACUACUUACAUUAUUAAUAAUUUUAUAUCUAUGA